CCCGGUGCCGCGGCCGCUCGGGCGCUCCCGGGAACUUUCCUCGGCGCUGCGCGCGGGCUCCCUGUCCUUUCUGCUGGCCCUGCUGCUGCGGCUGGCGCGCGGGGAGGCCGGCCGCGACCCGCAGCGGAGGGAGGCGGUGGCGGCCGCGGAGGAAGCGGCCCCGGGGGCGCAAGGGGGCGUCGUCCCGGGGCGGCGGGGAGGUGCUCCCGGGGGCGGCGCGCCGCUCAGCCCCUGGCUGCAGCCCUGGGCGCUGCUCUUCAGUCUCCUGUGUGCCUUCUUCUGGAUGGGCUUGUACCUCCGGCGCGCCGGGGUGCGCCUGCCUCUGGCCGCCGCGCUGCUCGCCGCCUGCUGCGGGGGGGAAGCGCUCGUCCAGACUGGGCUGGGCGUCGGGGAGGAUCGCUUACUCUCGCUCCCGGCCGCGGGGGUGGUGCUCAGCUGCUUGGCCGCCGCGACAUGGCUGGUGCUGAGGCUGAGGCUGGGGCUGGGGCUGGGCGUCCUCAUGGUCGCCGUGACUAGCGCGGUCAGGACCGUGUCCCUCAUUUCCUUAGAGAGGUUCAAGGCCGCCUGGAGGCCUUACCUGGCGUACUCGGCCGGCGGGCUGGGGCUGCUCCUGGCCAGCUACGUGGAGCAGAUCCUGCCGCAGUCCGCGGGGGCGGCUCCGAGGGAGCACCUCGGGUCCCAGCCCCUUGCUGGGACCAAGGAAGACACCCCGGUGUUUAAGAGGCGGCGGCGGUCCAGCUCCGUGGUGUCCGCGGAGAUGUCCGGCUGCAGCAGCAAGUCCCAUCGGAGGACGUCCCUGCCCUGCAUCCCGAGGGAACAGCUCAUGGGGCAUUCAGAAUGGGACCAGAAACGAGGGCCAAGAGGAUCACAGUCUUCAGGAACCAGUAUUACUGUGGAUAUUGCCGUGAUGGGUGAGGCUCACGGCCUCAUCACCGACCUCCUGGCAGACCCUUCCCUGCCCCCCAACGUGUGCACCUCCUUGAGGGCAGUGAGCAACCUGCUCAGCACCCAGCUCACCUUCCAGGCUAUUCACAAGCCCCGCGUGAAUCCUGUCGUUUCCUUCAGUGAAAAUUACACCUGUUCUGAUUCUGAGGAAAGCUCUGAAAAAGACAAGCUGGCUAUCCCCAAGCGCCUGAGAAGGAGUUUGCCUCCUGGUUUGUUGAGACGAGUUUCAUCAACUUGGACAACCACCACCUCAGCCACGGGCCUACCCACUUUGGAGCCUGCCCCAGUACGGAGGGACCGUAGCGCUAGCAUCAAACUUCAUGAAGCACCUUCAUCAAGCUCUGUUAGUCCCGAUUUGUGGAAUAACCCAGUGAUGAUGACCCUCACCAAAAGCAGAUCCUUCACUUCAUCCUAUGCUGUUUCUGCAGCUAACCAUGUAAACUCAAAAAAGCCAAAUCGACCAGGUGCCCUAGCUAAAAUUUCACCUCUUUCAUCGCCCUGUUCCUCACCUCCCCAAGGGACUCCUGCCAGCAGCCCAGUCAGCAAAAUUUCUGCAGUGCAGUUUCCAGAAUCUGCCAACACUACUGCCAAACAAAGCCUGGGUUCUCACAGGGCAUUAACUUAUACUCAGAGUGCCCCUGACCUAUCUCCUCAGAUCCUCCCUCCACCUGUUAUAUGUAGCAGCUGUGGCAGACCAUGUCCCCAAGGGAAUCCUGCUGAUGGGCCCCUGGAGGGAAGCAGUUCAGCCAGUCGGACACCAAGCAGAACAGAUGACACUACUCAAGUUACCUCUGAUUAUGAAACCAAUAACAACAGUGAUAGCAGUGAUAUUGUACAGAAUGAAGAUGAGACAGAGUGCCUGAGAGAGCCUCUACGGAAAGCUUCCACUUGUGGAACAUACACGCCUGAGACCAUGAUAUUCCUGGACAAGCCAAUUCUUGCUCCUGAACCUCUUGUCAUGGAUAACUUGGACUCAAUUAUGGAGCAGUUAAAUACUUGGAAUUUUCCAAUUUUUGAUUUGGUGGAAAAAAUAGGAAGAAAAUGUGGCCGUAUUCUAAGUCAGGUAUCAUACAGACUUUUUGAAGACAUGGGUCUCUUCGAAGCUUUCAAAAUUCCAGUUAGAGAAUUUAUGAAUUAUUUUCAUGCUUUGGAGAUUGGAUACAGGGAAAUUCCUUAUCAUAACAGAAUUCAUGCCACUGAUGUUUUACAUGCUGUUUGGUAUCUUACUACACAACCUAUUCCGGGCCACUCAACUGUGAUUAAUGAUCAUGGAUCAACAAGUGAUUCAGACUCUGACAGUGGAUUUACACAUGGACAUAUGGGAUAUGUAUUCUCAAAAAUGUAUAAUGUACCUGAUGAUAAAUACGGAUGUCUAUCUGGAAAUAUCCCUGCUUUAGAGUUAAUGGCACUGUAUGUGGCUGCAGCCAUGCAUGAUUAUGAUCACCCAGGAAGGACUAAUGCUUUCCUGGUUGCAACUAGUGCUCCUCAGGCGGUGCUCUAUAAUGAUCGUUCAGUUUUGGAGAAUCAUCACGCAGCUGCUGCAUGGAAUCUUUUCAUGUCCCGGCCAGAGUACAACUUCUUAGUUAACCUUGACCAUGUGGAAUUUAAGCAUUUUCGUUUCCUUGUCAUUGAAGCAAUUUUGGCCACUGACCUGAAGAAACACUUUGAUUUUGUAGCCAAAUUUAAUGCCAAGGUGAAUGAUGAUGUUGGAAUAGACUGGACCAAUGAAAACGAUCGUCUACUGGUUUGCCAAAUGUGUAUAAAGUUGGCUGAUAUAAAUGGGCCAGCUAAAUGUAAAGAGCUCCAUCUUCAGUGGACAGAGGGUAUUGUCAAUGAGUUUUAUGAACAGGGUGAUGAAGAGGCCAGCCUUGGGUUACCAAUAAGCCCCUUCAUGGACCGUUCUGCCCCUCAGUUGGCCAAUCUUCAGGAAUCCUUCAUCUCUCACAUUGUGGGUCCUCUGUGCAAUUCCUAUGAUUCAGCAGGGCUAAUGCCAGGGAAAUGGGUGGAAGAUAGUGAUGAGUCAGGAGAUACUGAUGACCCAGAAGAAGAAGAGGAAGAGGAAGCACCAAAUGAAGAGGAAACCUGUGAAAAUAAUGAAUCUCCAAGAAAGAAAACUUUCAAAAGGAGGAAAAUCUACUGCCAAAUAACUCAGCACCUCCUGCAGAACCACAAGAUGUGGAAGAAAGUCAUUGAAGAAGAACAGCGGUUGGCGGGCAUAGAGAAUCAGUCUCUGGACCAGUCCCUCCAGCAGCAUUCCUCAGAACAGAUCCAGGCCAUCAGGGAAGAAGAGGAGGAGAAAGGGAAGCCGAGAGGAGAGGAGAUCCCGACCCCACAGCAAAACCAGUGACAAUGGAUACAAUGAGCUGUGUUUCCUAACAGAGUGACUUGUCACAGACUCUUUUCAAGCCAGCACAACACUUAGACACAACACUGUAGAAAUACGAGAAGAUGGGCAAACAGCUAUUGCAUUUUGGGAUUCUUCGCAUUUUAUGUGUUUAUUUUUACAGUGAGGUACAUUGUUAAAAACUCUUGCUCAGAGAAGCUUUCACAUUUGCAACACCAGCUUCUAAGGAUUUUUUUAAGGAAGAAAUAUAUAUGUGUGUGUGUAUAUAAGCUCGCACGUAGAUACAUGUAAAACAUAUUCACACAUAUACACGCACACACACAUGCACACUGAAAGCCAGGGUUACUGGCUCCACAAUUUAGUAACAUUCAUAUUAAGAUAUAUAGUGGUCACUGUGAUAUAAUAAGUUAUAAAGGAAAACAAAUCACAAAGGAAAUGGGCGGCUUAGCAGGGAAACAGUGCAGUGAAUGUAGGUUACCAGCUAAGGAGCUUUAGCUCUUAGUACUGAUGGAUGAAAGUUCCAGAGCAUUAUUUGAAUUUUUAUACAUCCUGCCAACAUCGUGUGUGUGUGUGUGUGUGUGUGUGUGUGUGUGUGUGUGUGUGUGUGAGAGAGAGAGAGAGAGAGAGAGAGAGAAGAGUGAAAGGGUGCUUGUGUGUAUGUGUGUACGUAAAGAGAUUUUUAUGGUUUUAGUAGUUCAUAGAAUAGCUGCAGCAGAUGACUCAGAACAUCUGAACAAGCAGAAGGCGGUUCACUCUGGAGUGUCUGAGAGGCAGCCAUUCCAAAUUCCUUCCUCCACGUAGCUUCAGGACAGGUCCCUCUGUAGAGGGAGGGUGUUCACAGGCUGGUGAGAGGGCCACGUGAUUGGUACUACUGCUAAUGCACCACUUGGAGGAGCUCUAUCGCCAGCCUUAAACCUGGAAGACAGGCAUUUUCCAAUCUACUUGCCUAAUGAAUGUAUAGGAGCUGUUUGUCUGUGAGUAUGUCACUCACCUAAGAUCAAAUCAGCUUUUCAAGGGGAUGACAUUCUUUAUACAUAAACACCUAAGAAGGAGCUGGAGUCAGAUCUUUUAAUUAGGUUAGAAUUCUAAAAAGUUGCCGGCGAAGACCCGGGGAUCUCCCAUGUCUCAAUUUGCUGCAAAAUGUGUGGCAGAAAAAGAAAAAAAGAGAGAGAGAAAGACAAACAGAAACCCACUAUGGAAGGAUAUAUAGCGAGAGAUGAAGGGGAAUAAUUUCAACCUGGGAGUUUGGUGUUUGUUGACAUAGUGAAAGCCUGAUUCUUGGCAACUGUUGACCAUUGGCUUUGGGUGGCAAAGGUCCCAUUGAGUGCCCUGUUGUGGUGUCCCCUUGCUGGGGUGGGGUAGCUUCUAUCUGCAGUCUGGCCCAUUGUCAUGUUUCUUUUGGCAGGGAAGAUUAUAGAGGGAUUUUAGGGGACUGGGCCAAUUAUUGAAAGUCUUUUUUUUUUUUUUAAUUUGUUUGUUUAUCUACACUUGUUUAUGCUGUGAGCCAAACCUCUAUUUAAAAAGUUGAUACUCACUUUCAAUAUUUUAUUUCAUAUUAUUAUAUUUGUCAUGAAUAGUUAUCUUGAUGUAAAUAUAAAGAUUUUUUUUUGUUUCUGUAGAUAGUAAACUCUUUUUUUAAAAAAAAAGGGAAAAGGGAAACAUUUUUAUAAAGUUAUAUUUUAAUCACCAUUUUUAUACAUUGUAUGUAUCUCCAAGCCCAGUUAAGAGAGUGAUGAUUCAUUUGCACGGAGGGCUAUGGACAGCCACUUAUCUACCUAUUCUAAUUUAAAUAAUGAUCUGAUACAGUUAUUUUAUUGCCUAUUAAAUGAGGAUGCCACAAAAAAUGUUUUUUCACUAGGAACAUUUCUUAACUUUUGGGUAACUUUUGGGUCCAUGUCUCCCGAAGAGAAAGACUUCCCUAACAAUACUGAAUUUCUACGAUUGGUGUCCAUUUUUUGCCAACACUUUUUUGGUCAUAAUUCCUCCUUCAAUUCUAUGUAUGGAACUGCUCAUCAGUGAAACAGUCAUAGGUUCUAAUUAGACCUUAAUGGUGAUUUCUAGUUUUUAUUUCUUCUAAAGUCAUAGAAAAGAGUGUUUACAUCUUAAAGAGGCCUUUGUUUCUCAUAAGUGAAAAUUCUUCCCUCCCAAAACAAUGAUUUUUAUGUUAACCCCGUAGCAUUUUUCUAACAAGGCAAAAAUAAUAUGAUAAAAAGUAAUUGUAAGACAAAUUUCCCAUUAAGUAGGAAAAUAUGGAAAGAUUCAAAUAGAUGCAGACUUGACUUAAAUAAUGAGAAUAAUUUCAUACAUUUUGGCUUAACACUAGGUCUUCAUUAUUCAGGAUGUACUGAGUUGUUUUCCAUUUUCUUAGUGUUGUCUAUGUGUCUCAUGUUUGCAAAAAUUACUGUGGGUCAAAUACAUUUAUUUCCUCAGUGACUUUAACUGUUCUUCUGCCCUUGCAAAUAAGAGAGGAGGGGGAAAUAUUAUCCUCACAUACCUCUUACAUUUAAUUACUUAACAAAAUGAAUCUUUUUCCUUUCUCCAAAUGCCAUAUAUAUCUAAAACACAUGUUAAGUCAAGGAAAAUAUAGGUGUGGGCAAGUAGAAUGGCAGUCGAACAGUUGAGAGUCUAUAACCAUACACUGGCAGCUUCCUCAAAGCUGGAAGGCCCCAAGUAGGGGCCAGCCUGGCUGCCGGAGUAGAGGUCUUAGCAAACUGCCUGGUUUUGUUUAUUUUGUUUUAAGUGGUGGUGGCCAAGGCACUUAGAACCUCUUCAUUCCAGAAUUGUGUUGAUCAGUCCAGGCAAAUUAACAAUUUUUUCUUCAAAAAUUAAUUGCCAGUAUAAAUAAAGCUAAAAGUCCAUCGCAGUAAAGGAAUGGACAUCAAAUAUGAGGCUUUCAUACACGUUCAUCACAUCCCAAAGGAUGCCUAGGGAUAUAAAAAAAUAUUUCCCACUGGUGAUGUUCUCCCCUGCCUUGGUGACAGCAAUAUUACUGUGCUCACUCCCAACUCUGGAGCUUAUUUAUUGCAAUUUACUACAUUUUUAUGUGAGCCUAUAUAUAGGUGCCAUUGGAUAAACUCAGGUCUUUCAAGUGAAGGAAUUUCUAGCCCAUUUAGGAAAAAGGAUAUUUGUAUAGACAGCCAUAAAUCAAUGGGAGGAAAAUUUGGAAUUGAUGACCUUGAUGCUAGGGGUUACUUUCUGUUAAGGAAAAGUCCAGGUAUCCUACAAGUAUCAUCUGCGUUGUUUCCAGCAUACUAAUAGAAUGUCUUUUCAGUUAUCCAUCUAGGCCAACUUUUAGAGAUUGUUUCCUUGGUGAAAAGACCACUUUAGGUUUUUUCUAAGUGAUAAAAUUGUAUUUUUUGUCAAUUAUAUAAGAUGUGGUUUUGCUCUCCAUAGAAGAUGAAGACAGUAGCUCUGAUAGACCUAUGUUGGUCUUCAUCUGGCAAAUGAAGGAAUGUCCUCAUUUUUAAGAAAAUACUCAUUUUCUGAAAACAGAAUACCCAAUUCUCUAUUCCAUUUUGAUGGAAUUCCAGAACAAACCCUCGCCGUCACAAUCCCAGUAAAACUAAAGAAAAGGGAUUGUAGGACAUGCAGACUGUCGAUAUUACAUAUAUGUAUUGUGGUUUCCUCAUGUCCCCUGCCUCUCUUGAUUUGCGGUUUUCCGAUGUCCCCUGUCACGUGCCCAGAGAACUUUCAUUGAAGGUAAAAGCUGUGCAAAAGGCAUGAGACUCAGGCCUAUUCUUUGUUUAAAUGGUGGAAAAUAUAAAUUAUUUUCUAAAUAAUAAAGAUAUGAAAAUUAUCAUUGUAAAUAAAGUCUACAGUUUGAAAUGAC